CUAUCGUGGUUGAGAGAAAACCUCUUUCAACGUUUUUACCCUCAACCACCAAGGAAAAGCGGCUUGUUGUCUCUUUCGCUUCUCGCCGACGAUAUAGGCCACUUAUUUUUCGCUUUCGCGUGAAAUUGUAUGGACUGCCAACUGGAAGACAAACGAAAAAGCUCCCGCGACGAGACCAACGGAUCGUCUUCUACGAUACUUGAUACACGAAAACGCAGCAAGUUCCGAGCCAAUUGAUUCCGCAUGACUUUGCUACGGUAGCAGCAGCGUACGGCAGAAGAGUGCGUUUCGUUGGCGAACAUUUCGGGGUGAGACGAUGUCGCUGCUGGUGUUCCUGAUAGCGGCCGCCCACUGUGUGUACACACCCUUUACCAAGGUGGAGGAGAGCUUCAACCUUCAGGCCAUUCACGAUCUGCUCUACCAUCGGGCAAAUCUUUCCGAGUAUGAUCAUCAUGAGUUCCCGGGAGUGGUUCCGCGAACCUUUUUGGGGCCACUUUUUAUAACGUUUCUCGUGACGCCCGUCGCGACGCUUUUGGAGGUGCUAGAAAUCAACAAAUUCUGGAUGCAGUAUGUUGUAAGGUUCGCGCUUGCCGGCACGGUCGUGUUUGCCUGGAACCGAUUGAAGGUCACCAUUUUGCACAAAUUCGGUGUGACGGUGGGCGUUUGGUUUAUGCUCAUUACUGCGACACAGUUUCAUUUCAUGUUUUACUUGAGCCGCCCACUGCCCAACAUUAUGGCCCUUCCAUUGGUGCUGCUUGCGGUCAACUAUUGGCUAAACCGAUGCACGAAACUGUUUGUCUUGUGCAGCGGUGCCGCUAUCGUUAUUUUUCGGGCCGAACUGGCGAUGCUGCUCGGGCUGUACCUACUGUACGAUCUGUACUACAAGCGCAUCGCCUUGCCAGUGUUUCUGCGUGUGGCCAUACCGUGUGGGGUGUUACUAGUGGUGCUGACGGUUGCCGUGGAUAGUUUCUUUUGGCGGCGGCUGGUCUGGCCUGAAGCGGAAGUGUUCUGGUUCAACACGGUUCAGAACAAGAGCUCAGAAUGGGGCACAUCGCCUUUCCUCUGGUACAUCUAUUCUGCGCUUCCUCGUGCGAUGGGCCUUUCAAUACUGUUCGUCCCGUUCGGGUUGUAUGCCGAAACGCGAAUCCGCUCGCUGGUAAUACCUGCGGUUGUGUUCGUGCUGCUGUUCUCCUGCCUACCCCAUAAAGAGCUUCGCUUCAUAAUCUACGUUUUUCCACUGCUAAACGUAGCUGCGGCGUGUGCAUGCAAUCGAUUGUGGAUCAGCAGGCAUAAGACACUUUGGAACAAGUUUUUGUCUUACAUUUGCAUCGGCCAUUUGAUUGGCAAUACGUUCUUGACGAUGUUUUUGCUGCUCGUGGCUGGAACAAAUUAUCCGGGUGGUGUGGCAAUCUCAAGAUUUCAUCGCUUAGCAGCUGGUGAAGAGCAUGUGUCGGUGCACAUCGACAACCUAUCGGCUCAGAGCGGUGUGUCUCGUUUUACUCAGAUAAAUCCUAAUUGGAGGUACAGCAAAGAAGAAAAUCUACAGCCGGGGGACGAGAUGUUGCAUCGGUUCGACUACUUAAUUGCAGAGGCGCGUGACAAGUAUUCGGAUAAUAUGCGCCUGCUGCUGCAAACUCAUGAGAUCCUAGAGUUUGUCGAAUGUUUCAACAGCAUCGGUCUGCAGUAUAAGUCAGCCUUACCGGUGAAAAUUAAAACAAAGCCGUGCAUUUUCAUUAUGCGCCGGCGUUACGACAUCGACAACAGACCAUCGCCGUGGCACACGUUAAACAAUUUCGUUGGUGACAGCUCUGGGAUGAAUAUGGAUGGUUUGAUCGACUUUGGCGAAAUAUUACCUUCGCUGACCCUGCAAGAUUCUCAAACGAUAUUUCCUGAUGAUACUGACGAGCCGGAAGUUGACGAUUUUGACGCGGAAGAAGAAGAUAGCGAAAAUGAAGAAGAGAUCUCUUGUGUUACUAAUCCGGUAACCGCAAACCUAAUACCAGACAACGAGCGUAGGGAUGAUACGGUAGAAAGAAGAAUCAAACGAAUUGGGAGAACAGGAGCCAACAAUAAACAACCAUUCCGCUCGCUAUCCGUUGGCUCACCGAAAUCAUACGCCAAAAGAGGCUAUCUCAACCAACCGUCCCGCGCGGAAGAACCCUAUGCGUCGCAGCUAAACCACAACGAUCAACUAAAUCCCGUUUCGGAAGCCAACAGCGAAGCUGAUGGCAGUCCGGAAACAGCGCGUUCGCCAACGAACACAGGAGGACACCUGCAAGCAACCAAGCCAUUGAGAAAGACGAAAACUGUGCAAAAUAUUCUCAAAGAAGAAAAACUACGCAAAUUGGCGACCAAGCUAACGAAAACAAGUUUCAGUGAGGUGUGUAAUCUUGAUAAGAUGUCGAUGAAGGAUUGUUUGAAAAUGAUUAUCGACGAAUCGGAAACCAGCAAGUUGGAUGAUUAGGUUACAGCUGGUUGGAUGUUUCUGCGCUGCGAAAUUAACAACACAUGUGCAUUGUGUACCAGGUGUAUAAAGUUAAAAUUAGCGUUAGCUUCUAGAUGGGUUUAUCGAGAAAAUUAGGCUGUCAUCGACCUGUUCUUUGUUUUAUUGCAUGGGUUAGACACCUGUUCACGUAAAUCAGUGCCCAUCAUAAGUGAUUUCACGCAAAAACGAAUAUUUUUCCUUGCGUAAUCAUAUCAAGUUUUGUGCCAAAAAAAAAAGCAUCUGAGGGAAGCUCUACUGUUUUGCUUCCAUUUGA